UAGGUUCACCUUUAAAUCCAAAAUGGGCGAUGCCUUGUAGAAUUUGUAGAUGUAUUUAGUUUGCGUGAACGACGUCGAAGCGCCACCUUGUGCAUCCCCUCCCUACUUUGGAGACGAUACCCGCGCAUAACUAGAAUAUACGAAAAAUUCGGUUUAUCUAAAGAAGAUUAGAGUGUUGGGAAAAAUUAUAUUUGAUUAUGAAUAUACGUGACGCAUCAUUGGUUGUCGAUUGUCUUUAUUCUCAUCGAGAUUUCUUAAAUGCGUAUUUCUUGUAUAUUCCGGUAUGGUAACGAAGCCUGACGUUGAUAUUUACCUAUAGCAAAGCUUAAUGAGCAGAACGCUAUUACUGAUAAUACAGGAACUGAGGCGAGAACUUAUUAACGACAUCCAUGGUACAGCGAUUCUAUGUGGUAUUUAUCUCUUCUUGCAUGAGUAAUAUUAGAGGUAAUUUUCUAGUUUUUUUUGUUGAUUUGUAUUAGCGUGUGGCAGUAGUCAAAUUCGUGUAAAAUCAAGGAAGCUAUUUGAAUUUUGCGCUCUGCUAGAUCGCCUUGAAUUUCCGGUAAGACCAGACUACACGUACUUUACGGGUUUUUACCUUGAUUCACCUACUUUUUAUGCGAUUUAAAAAUUCUUGUUCUUUUUGAUUCACUGUUCUUCUUGAAUUUUCGAAUUUGCAAUUAUAAUUCGUGUGUCAUAACGGUUUACUUUGUACUACGUUAGCCACGCAUGUGGAGUAUUUCAUUUUGGACAGUCCUGGAAUAUAUCCAUGAGUUUUUUCGUUGCGCACUGAAAAUUUCUGAUUUAAAUCCAAUUUUGACAGUUCUUCAGCCAUGUCUUUAUUGUAAAGUAUUCGGAGUGUAACUUCUACAAUGUAAUACAAAUGACAUCAGCCAUACGUUACUGACUAGAUUAAUCGAAUUUCACUAUCAAAAAGUACAAACAAUUUUUCCGUAAAAAGUCAUUUAAUGAUAAAUUCCGAUAACCUAUCUACGAACGCACAGUGCAGUUAUCUGGCACAGUGCACUUUUCCAAGGUCAAUCCACUUGGAUACAAAUCCAGGGUGGCCUGAACGCCAACAGGUUUUGCGUUCGAUCUGUGUAUUAUACUUCACGGAUCUCCAAGCUGAAAUACUGUAUAGUAAGCCAAGAAAAUGUGUUCUAUUAUUAACUUUAUACGAGGAAACGAUAACUGUUUUUUUACCAUAAAAAUACCGACUGGUAACGUCAUUAUGUUUUCGUAUGGUAAUGUAGGUGGAUCUGGCGACCUGGUCGGUCAUGAAUGAUGUUCAAUUGAAAUCUGAAGGUUGCUUAACCUAAAUUUGAUGUUUGAUCGAAGCACUUCGUAUAUAUCUUUCAUAUGGAGUGGUGUUAAUGUAUAGUGCUCGUUAAUGGGACGAGUGUUAAAAUGGAGGAUGCGCCCGAUGUUUUAUGCUAAUGUGGUAUGAUCGUCAACCAAAUCACGAAACGAGGCGAUCAAAGAGGAGACGUUGGUCAGUUUACUUUUGAAAACAGUGUGAAAUGGCGCGAUUCAACGUGGAAUUCAAGAUGGGAUAUUUUUUAUUGAUACUCCAAUGCUUUGUUCUGUUGAAUCAAAUGAUCGGUAAUUCGUUGGCGGCCAUAUUGGAUUUGAUUGAGCCUAAUGCGGGUGAUUUGGAAAAGACUGUUUUCAUUAAUUUUCCACGAAGGUUCAACGGGACGCGUGCCAUUCCCGGUUCUACCGUGCAGACUUAUCUGCCGCCUGAAUCGCCCACUCAAUUUUUACCGGAAGUCGUAGAUAAUCGGGCAAGAAAUUCUGCUUCCUCUUCUACCACGUCAUUGUCUUCUGAUAAUAUGAUUGUGGAUAAUGUGACAAGGAUUGAUUUGAGCAAUUUUUCUGUACCGGAUAUUGUGCUGAGGGCACCUUUUCAUAAUGGAGAACGUGCUAGUCGCUUUCAGACUUAUUCGAAUUUUCUUAAAACCAAAGUCGGACAACGUACUACAGAGGGAGGUUAUGUUCAAGAAGAAUCGAAUCAAAAUUCUUUUGUCGUACGAGUCAAUGACAUGUCCUGUCAGAAUUCUGGACGGGAAAUAUUUUUCAGAGCAUCCGUAAGUCCUGUGAAGAAUUACGAUCGUCCUGUCAUUGAAAAUGCUAGAAGCGAUGCGUGCAAAAUGACAAAGCACAAUGGCGAUUAUCGUAUUAAUUUGGAAAAUGAUCGAUUUUUGAAUUGCGGUGUUAUCGACUGCUCCAUUGAAUCCGAUAAAUUUUAUUGCUUGAGCCUACGAUUUCCGGUUAUACAAGGACUCAAGCUCAAGGAUGAUUUUCACGUGACGCUUCAGUGUAAAACUCAAGAAAAAGUGACGUCACACACCAAGCAAAUUAAUGUAAAAACAUUAGACACCGCAGCAAGAAUGGCACCGAGAAUCGCUACAGGCGGUUUCAAAAAUGUUUUCGAGACCGACGUGGCACUUUACAGAAAGACGUACAGUUCGGACAAUAUUUUCGAUACUAGAAUACAACCAGGUGGAACUGUAAUACUCGGUGAAGAAGUCCUUCUACGUGUUUUGGUACGAGAAGGCGAUGGAUGGAAAUACUCUAGAAUCAGUGAAGUGACUGUACAUUACGUAGAGAAGAGACAGAGAAACAAAAUAAUGAAUAGUCUUUGGAUUUUGGAUUCUCAUGGCUGUCUCAAUCCAGAUAUUCGAGAAAUUUCAUCUAGAGAACAACAUAGAGUAUCGCCGUUGGAAAAUUAUAUUAUUUUUCACGCAUUUAUGUUCGAGAAUAUGAAAGAAACUGAUGAGAUGAUUCUCACUGUCAAAGUCAUUGGGUGUCUUGAUGGUGAUGACUGCGCAUUGAAUUGUCCAGCCAGUCAUGUCAGAAGAGUGCGAAGUACUGAUAACAGCAAUGAUACUGUUAAUUGGCAGGAUGACAUAUUAUUCCGAGUGAUAAUGCCUAAUGAAAAGAUUAAUAAACUAGACCAGAAAAAUUUGACGAUUCCUUAUCUUUUAUCUAUAUGUGGUUUAGUUUCUGUGAUUGCGUUGUUGUGCGCGAUUAAAAUUUGGAUAAGGCCUAGAAUUUCGAAAAUUUAAAUAAAUAUGGGUCUUUGUUUAUAUUCUUUUAGAUA